AUGAUUUGCAUAAGCUGGAACUACUGGGGGUUUGGGAACCCUCGGACAGUUCACGAACUUCACCUCUUGGUGAAGACAAAGUCCCCAAGUCUCAUUUUCCUCAUGGAGACUAAGUGUUCCAGGUCCAAAAUGGAGAAAGUUAAGCAAAAACUAGGUAUGAAAAAUUGUUUUGUGGUUGACAGCAAGGGGGCUAGUGGUGGCUUGACAUUACUUUGGAAGGAUGAUUUGGUCGUGUCACUGAAAAAUUACUCUCAUUUCCAUAUCUCUAUCAAGCUCAAGAUUAGAGGUAAUAUUGGGGCAUGGCUUAUGACAGGCUUUUAUGGCCAUCCCUUGACAGCCAAGAGAAGCAGCAGUUGGAACUUACUAAAGGCAUUGAAACCUACGGAUAAUGAUCCAUGGUUUUGUGUUGGGGACUAUAAUGAAAUCAUGCAUAAUGGUGAAAAGUAUGGUGGUAGAAUGAGACCUAAUUCCCAGAUGGAAGCUUUUAGACUUUCCCUAGCUUUGAAAGGGCUGAGUGAUCUAGGCUACAUAGGAGAUAAAUACACAUGGUGCAAUAACAGGCAGGGUCCUCAAUUCACUAAGGAAAGAUUGGAUAGGGCGUGUGCUAAUGAUAAAUGGCUAGAGAUGUUCCCAGAAACAAUGGUGAGUACAGAAGCUGUCCAAAGAUCAGACCACAGGCCUCUUAUUAUAACCAUUGCCUCUAGAAACCAGUUCUUUACAAGAGAAGAAAGGCCAUUUCGAUAUGAGGUUAGUUGGGCAGCUAGAGAGGAAUGCAGCAAGAUAGUAGAAGAGGCAUGGAAAGAAAGUAGCUUGGCACAAAACAAACUAGACCAGGUUGUUUCAAGUCUGUCCAGAUGCCAAGAUAAACUUAAAAAGUGGGGUAUAGCAAUAGCAAAGGGCUUAAGGAAGGAACAACAAGCCAAGAGACAACAACUUUCUAACCUACAGAAGGCAAACACUGGGGAUCUAGCAGAGUAA